CCAAUUUCGACAUAUUUGUCAAAAAUAAAUGGAAGUCUUAAAACCUCAAAAGUCUCCCACCAAGUCAACAUUUUCCCAUUUACAAUUCCAAAAUCCAAAUAGACUUCUUCCCCUUCCCCAAACUUUCCUUCCACCAUUUAUAUACCCUCGAAGCUCUUUCCAUUGCAAGCACACAAUAUCUUAGAAACAGAAAACAUGGGGUUUUCCAACAUGUUUUUCUUCCCCAUAUUGUUUUUACUCUGUUCCAUCUUCUCUAUUCAAUCAACUGCACAAACACCAACUUUAGGUUUCCGAUGCUCAAACACCACCUCCACCGCCACAUGCAACUCACUCAUCGACUACAAACUCCCAAACACCACCACCCUCGCCUCCAUCCUCAGACUCUUCGAAAUCAAAAACCUCCGCUCUCUCCUCGCCGCCAACAACCUCCCAAUCACAACCCCACAAACCCAAACCUUCCCCGCCUCCCAAAUCCUCAAAAUCCCCUUCCCCUGCGCCUGCCGUAACGGUUUCGGAAUCUCCAACCGCCGUCCGAUAUACACCGUGGUUCCCGACGACGGUCUAUUCCAUAUCGCCGCCGAGGUGUUUUCUAACCUCGUGACGUACCCGCAGAUCCAGUCUGUUAAUAAUAUAUCCGAUCCGAAUACUAUAUUGGUGGGUCAGAAGCUCUGGAUUCCAUUGCCGUGUAGCUGCGAUGAGGUUAAUGGGGAUACGGUGGUGCAUUAUGGAUACUUGGUGCCCGCCGGGACCACCGUGAGUGGGAUUGCGGAACAGUUUAAUACGACGGAGAGCACGUUGUUGAAUCUGAAUGGGAUGAACAGUUCUGCAAACUUGCAAGCUGAUUCGAUUCUUGAUGUUCCUCUUAAAGUUUGUACAUCUUCGGUGCAAAAUAACUCUUCGGACUACCCUUUACUCGUCCCAAAUGGUACUUACGUUUUUACGGCUAACAGUUGUGUCCGAUGCCAAUGCAAUGCUGCAAAUAAUUGGAUAUUGGACUGCAAGCCAUCGGGGGUUAAUUUACCACGAGGGCAAACUUGUCCUUCCACACAAUGUGUGGGGACCGCUUUCGAUUUGGGUAACACCACUUCGGAUUCUAAUUGUGGCCUUUCAAGAUGUUCGUAUGCGGGAUACAUAAAUGGCACCAUUGCAACUACUCUUACUCAAGAGUCUACUUGUCCAAGUAGUCCAGGUGGAAAUAACAGCACUCCUUCGGGAAAUGGGGCGAAUGGUUUAAGAUCGAGCUUUAUUGUUGGUGUAUUAUUGAUCGUUUUUCAUUUUCUCUAUACCACCAAUCAACAGAAAAUCCCUAUCUACUCAGAUAUGGCUUCUGGGCAACUGAAUGAUGGUGUUGUAUAUAAUGGAUUGGCUACAAGAAGUAGUGAAAGGACAAAAAGAAAGUUAAAGAAACCAGAACAAUUGUCAAUAGGAGGAGUUCAUGAUUCAUUUUCAUCACACAAUUUGAAAUAUUCUUCAAAUCCCUCAAAGAUGAUGUUGUAUUCUUCAAUUAUGCGUAAAAGGAAGCAUGUUUCUUCUUCAAUAAAAAGGAAAAAUUCAGAUUUUAGUGUGUGUUCUUCUGAAGAGAAUAUUGCAACACAGGAAGAAGAAGAUGAUGUGGCAAACAUUAGAGAAGUAUAUCCGGACUUAAUGGGAAUUGCUAAAAAAGAAGAACCAGAAAUGAUUGAAAAAUCACGUGCCAAGAAUAUAAAAAAGGAGCUCAUUGCACUCACAUUACCAGCACUUGCAGGGCAAGCUAUUGAACCUUUAGCCAUGUUAAUGGAGACAGCUUAUAUUGGUAGAUUAGGUCCUGUGCAGUUGGCUUCUGCUGGAGUCUCCAUAUCAAUCUUUAACAUUGUUUCAAAGCUUUUCAACAUUCCUCUUCUCAGUGUUGCCACUUCUUUUGUUGCUGAAGAUAUUGCUAAAAACCAAGGAGAUAAUUCUGAUGAAGCAAAUGGGAAUGGAAUGACAGAAAGGAAACAGUUAGCUUCUGUUUCUACAGCUUUGCUUUUAGCUGUUGGAAUUGGAAUCUUUGAGGGUUUAUCUUUAUAUUUUGGAUCAGGGGUUUUUCUUAAUCUCAUGGGUAUAUCAUCAGCUUCUUCAAUGCAUGCGCCAGCUCAGCAGUUUCUUUCCCUUAGAGCCCUUGGUGCUCCUGCAGUUGUUGUCUCUUUAGCUCUUCAAGGUGUUUUUCGUGGUUUUAAGGACACAAAGACUCCUGUAUUUUGUCUAGGCAUUGGUAAUACUUCAGCUGUUUUUCUGUUUCCCAUUCUUAUGUACUACUUCAAAUUAGGUGUAACUGGAGCUGCCAUUUCUACUGUUACCUCACAAUACAUUGUCACAUUUUUAAUGAUAUGGCACCUUAAUAAAAGAGCUGUAUUACUUCCUCCAAAACCAGGAGCACUUAAAUUCGGUUGCUAUAUGAAAUCUGGUGGGUUUCUUCUUGGAAGAACACUUGCAGUUCUUACAACAACAACCUUAGCAACAUCAAUGGCUGCUAGACAAGGUCCUAUAGCCAUGGCUGCUCAUCAGAUAUGUUUGCAAGUUUGGUUGGCUGUUUCUCUUAUUACAGAUGCAUUGGCUGCAUCUGGUCAGGCGUUGAUUGCUAGUUCGGUUUCAAAAGGGGAUUAUAGAUCCGUGAAGGAUAUCACAUACUUUGUGUUGACUAUUGGUUUUGUGAUGGGUGUUACUUUGGCUGCAAUAUUGGGAGUUUCAUUUGGGUCUAUAGUCACACUGUUCACUAAGGAUGUUGGAGUAUUGGCGAUUGCUAGAACCGGGGUUUUGUUUGUGAGUGCUAGUCAGCCUUUGAAUGCUUUGGCUUUUAUUGUUGAUGGUUUGCAUUAUGGAGUUUCAGACUUCCCGUAUGCUGCUUAUUCCAUGAUGCUUGUUGGGAUUUUAUCGUCUGCUUUUCUUUACUAUGCUCCCUCGGGUUUUGGUCUUCAUGGCGUUUGGUCGGGUUUGACUCUCUUCAUGGGGUUACGAAUGUUGGCAGGGCUUAUCAGAUUGUUAAACAAGAAUGGGCCAUGGUGGUUUCUGCAUGAGGAUUUGAAUUUAACAAAGGUUGGGCGUUAGAUGGGAUUUGGAAAAAAAAAAAAAAAAACUGAUCUGAUUACACACAACACAAUCUUGACUACUGCUGAUAUACUUGUUGACUGAUACAACAGAGUGAAUUGGAGAAAGCAUUUGAAAGGAAUUGGUUUCAAAAAAAGGGAUGUGAUGCAUGUAUCACUUAAUGCCAAAGUGUUGUAUAUAAUCUUUUUUUUUUUUUUUAAUGUUUGUAUGAUAAUUUAAGACAAAAUGAAUGCAAAAAAUAACAAAGUACCUUCACUUAUCUAUGUAUUAUAGUAUCCUACUUAAAUUUCUUUUCAUUAUAGCAUAGCUACAUUUAAGUUGGAGUAAGUAAAUGCAGAAAAACAAAUGAUAUGUUGAAAAUUGGUACAAAC